AUGCAACAUACAGCGGGAGAGUCUAACAACUCUAAACCAACUUCUCCGCAGGGAUUUGGCACAACAGUAUCACUCUCUAAUGACGAAUCUGAAGAACACAUGGAAGAAAGCGUAAACAGUGAAGAGUCUUCUGAAUAUCAACCAGGCCUACAAAGGACCUUUGUAAAUAAUGCAAUGAUGAGAGAUAAUGAUGAUCAUCUUGUAGAAGAAGAUGACAAUAUGUAUGGAGUGAAUAAUAUGGACCACCACCAAAGUUUUAAUAUGGGUAGUGGUAAUCAAGGCAGUUUCAACCUCCACAAAUCAAGUUCUGGUAAUGGUGCUCCAGGUAGUAGUACAGGAUCAUCAUCUACUUCAAAUCCUGCUGCUGCUCAUCUUUCAACAGCUGCUGCUGCGGCAAAGAAGAGAAGAAGAUUUACCCCAGAAGAAGAUAAAAAGAUUAAAGAAGGAAUUGCAAAACAUAAGAAGGACAAUAACAUUGAUUGGGAUGGUGUCGCAAAGUAUGCAUGUAUCGAAAGAACAAAGGAACAAAUCAAGAGCAGAUAUAUGAGAAUGAGGAAAGACGAUGGUGAGCCUGUAUCUACCGCUCAACAAGCUUCAUCUUCUGGAGUUUCCUCUUCAACAAACAAUGCUGGAUCCUCCAAUAAUAAUGCUUCUAAUAUUAUUAGUGGACAAAACUCUGGUGACAAGUACUCAAACAAUACUAUCAACACCAGUACGAACAACAACAACAACAAUAAUCAAAUUACUAUUCCUUCAUCUGUUUCAUCGAGCAUUACUGAAAACAGUACUACUUAUCAAUCCAACCAACCUCAAUCACUACCUCAAACAUCUCCUGUAAUUUACCUCGCACCUCCUAACAGCAAUAAUACUACUUUAAAUUGUAACAAACAAGAAAACUCUCUAAGUAUUGAGGGUGAGGAACUUGUGGAGCCUUCAAACAAGAAGCAAAAGACACUUCCUCAAAUGUUUCAAAGUCUUCAAGCUAGCACUUCAAAGAAGAGUCAAUCCAAUAUGGCAUCUUCUUCCUCUAAUCAAAACAGUAAUAGUUUAUAUGUUGACGCUAGCAAUAAUAGUAACAGUUUUAUGAUGUCUUACAAUUCCAAUUCUAGUAUGGGUUCCAGUGCCAUAAAUAAUACAGGCGUUCAAAGUAACAUUGAAGCUUAUCAACAACAGAUUGCCAAAUUACAACUAGAACUCGAACAUGUUAAAGAGCAAUUGAAACAAAAAGACAAAUCGCUUGAAAAUUCUGAAUCCAAGACAAAGGGUUAUGAGAGUGAAAUCAAUCAAAUGAAGAAUGCAAUCCAUGACUAUGAUAUUAAAAACAACGAACGUAAUAAGAGAUUCAGAGAAAUUGCAGUCCAAUUUUUAAGAGAAAGGGCUGAAAGAGAAAGAAUUGAGGAUAAGAAAAAGGUUAAUGAAAAGUCAAUAACAAUAGGUACUAUUACAUAUCAAAAAGGAUUGGACGUUUAUGAAGUUUGGCAAGAUGGUACACUGUUCCAACAAUUGAAAGAAAAUGAAAAUAGAAUAACGACAGAAAAAGACAAAUUGGAAAAGCAAAAGAAGAAUAUUCAAAAACAAAGACAACAAUUGAAGAAGGAACAAAUUACUACAAACGAUGCCGAAUUUAUAAGAAAAUUAGAAGAACAAUUGCACGACCUAAAUGAGCAAGAGGAAACAGUCAAGUUAAAACUUAUACAUCUCAAGAAGGAAGAAACUCAAAAUAUUGCAGAACAAGAGAACCUCUUGAUUGAAAAGAGUAUACAGAUCAGAGAAAUCAAACGUAUUAGAGAUCAAGAAAAGUCAAUGUUUAAGAAUUAUCCAAUCAUUGGACACCAAAAAUAUAUUCCAACCACACCAGAUGGUCCUGGAACACCUCAAAUUAAUGGUCAACAACCACAACCAAGUAAUCAUCAUGAAUACUUCCUUAUGAAAAUGCUUGGUAAAGGAGGCUUUAGUGAAGUCUACAAGGCCUAUGAUCUCACAGACUUUAAAGUUGUGGCAUGUAAAAUACAUCAACUGAAUCCAAAUUGGAAAGAGCACCGAAAGGAGAAUUAUAUCAAACACGUGUUGCGAGAAUGUCAAAUUAAUCAAAGCAUUAAUCAUGAAAAGCUUAUCAAGAUGUAUGACACUUUUGUCUUUGACAAUAACACUUUUGUUACAGUAUUGGAAUAUUGUGAGGGUGCUGAUUUGGAUUUGUACAUUAAAAAGCACCAAAGAGUACCAGAAAGAGAAGCCAAGAAUAUCAUUUCUCAAAUAUUUAGUGGACUUAACUAUUUAUGCCAACAAAAGCAAAGAGUUAUUCACUACGAUUUGAAACCUGCUAACAUUUUAUUUGAUAAGGAUGGAAAUAUUAAGAUUACAGAUUUUGGUCUUUCUAAAAUUAUGGAUGAAGAAGAGUCUAUAGAGUUGACAUCACAGGGUGCAGGAACAUAUUGGUAUUUACCUCCAGAAUGUUUUUAUAACCCAUCAGGUGAAGGUCCACCACCUAAAAUUUCAAACAAGGUUGAUGUUUGGUCGGCGGGUGUAAUCUUUUUCCAAAUGUUGUACGGUACAAAACCAUUUGGAAACAACCUUUCACAACAAAAAAUUCUUAGCGAAGGAACAAUCGUAAAUGCCACCCAAGUUGGUUUUCCUGAUAAACCUGCUGUCUCAGAAGAAGCUAAGGAAUUUAUCAGACGUUGCCUUACACAUGAAAUGUCAAAAAGGCCAGAUGUCAAGACUCUUUAUAAUGAUGCUUAUCUAAGAGGCACUUCUACACCAUCUUCAAGUGGUACAACUUCUAAGUCCAAGAAGAGAGAAAAAGAAGCACCACAACCAAGCUCAACUCCAACCUCCACCACAAACUUCCUUUCAUUCCAACAAUGA